GGGCCUUCCGGAGGGUCCAAUGGGGCUGCGGAAGGCGGGGCCCGCCGCUCCGUAGGAACCUAUCAGGGCUCCGGGUCUUGCCAUGCGGCCGUGGUUUAGCAGCCAUGUGAGUUCCCCGCAGCCGCGGCAGCACACUGGUGAGCAUGUCCACCGCCGUGGCGACUCGUAAGCGGGCAAAGCCGGCCCCCCGGUCCGGGGCCGCUGCGGGGGCCAGCAAGCGGCGGCGAAAGGUCGACUCUGCUGGGGACAGGGGCAAAGCCAAGAAUGGCGGCAAGAUGAAUGAAGAAAUCUCCAGCGAUUCUGAGAGCGAGAGUGUGGCUCCAAGGAAAACAGAGGAAGAGGAGGAGGAAGAGGAGCUGGAGGAGACUGCGCAGGAGAAGAAGCUACGCUUGGCCAAACUCUACCUUGAACAGCUCAGGCAGCAAGAGGAGGAGAAGGCUGAAGCCCGUGCAUUUGAGGAGGAUCAGGUGGCGGGGCGCUUGAAGGAGGACGUGCUCGAGCAGAGAGGCAGAUUACAGAAAUCGGUGGCAAAGGAGAUCCAGGCCCCAGCUCCCACCGACAUUCGAGUUUUACGGGGCCACCAGCUCUCCAUCACGUGCUUGGUUAUCACUCCCGACGACCUGGCCAUCUUCUCCGCCGCCAAAGACUGCACCAUCAUUAAGUGGAGUGUAGAGAGUGGGCGGAAGCUGCGUGUGAUUCCCCGAGCCAAGAAGGGGACCCAGGGGCAGCCUUCAGGCCACAGCAGCCACAUCCUCUGCAUGGCCAUCUCCUCUGAUGGCAAGUACCUUGCCUCUGGUGACCGUAGCAAACUCAUUCUAAUUUGGGAGGCCCAGAGCUGCCAGCACCUGUACACCUUCACUGGACACCGGGACGCUGUGUCGGGACUGGCCUUCCGAAGAGGUACCCACCAGCUCUACAGCACUUCCCACGACCGCUCUGUGAAGGUGUGGAACGUAGCAGAGAACUCCUACGUGGAGACUCUCUUCGGGCACCAGGAUGCUGUGGCUGCAUUGGAUGCCCUGAGCCGAGAGUGCUGUGUGACAGCUGGGGGCCGGGAUGGGACUGUGCGGGUGUGGAAGAUCCCAGAGGAAUCCCAGCUUGUCUUCUAUGGCCACCAGGGCUCCAUUGACUGUAUUCAUCUGAUCAAUGAGGAGCACAUGGUGUCCGGUGCGGAUGAUGGCUCGGUGGCCUUGUGGGGCCUCUCCAAGAAACGGCCACUUGCCCUCCAGCGGGAAGCUCACGGGCUGCAUGGGGAGCCAGGCCUGGAGCAACCCUUCUGGGUAUCAUCAGUGGCAGCCCUACUCAAUACAGAUCUUGUGGCCACAGGCUCCCACAAUGCCUGCGUGCGGCUUUGGCAGUGUGGAGAGGGUUUCCGGCAGCUUGACCCUCUUUGUGACAUCCCCCUGGUAAGUGGGAAAUGCAGAAGCCUGUCUUUGCCAGACUCUGGGGGCCCCUGGAAGGAGCUUUUUCUGCUCUUCCCACGCAAAGGAGUCACUUCAGAGCAAGGCCACUUACUGUCACAGAUCCUGGCAGGGACUCCCUCUUCCCUCCUUCUCUAUCCCCUGCCCCUCCACCCUGUCCUGUCCUGGCUUUGAGAGUAGCAUGGACAGAGGGUUGGAGACCUGCCCUGGGGUUUGUUCUGCGUAGCUGGCACCGGCUUGAGAACCAGGCUGGGCUGUGUGGAAUUGAUUAUCCACAUUGGGGUGACCUGUGGGAUUGUGGCAUGAUAUGUCAGUGACAGCUUGGGUCGGGAUGGCCUUCUUGGGGUUUCUCUUACCCCACUGCCGGGAGCCAGGCCCUAGGCAGCUCUUGACACACUUGAUGGGUACUGUCUUCUUAAUUCAUCUCCUGCUAGGCUGCUGCUCCACUUCUGGCUCAGAUUAGGAGGCUGAGGCUGCCGGGGGAGGGGUUG